AUGGCGGAUCUGCAACCCAGACAGCCUGCGCCACAUCCGCAAGGGGCGGAGAAGCUCUGCUGCGCAGAUGACUGGGAUACCAUCAUCAUCGCCACGUGCUCGGGCUGGGCGGGUGUGCUGCUCUUCACGGGCGAUGUGAUGCUCGCGGUCAUCGUCACCGGCGUGGUGAUCGUCGUGAUCACAGGCCUUGCCUUCUUCAUGGUCACUGUGAUGGGCUGGUCGAUUGGUCCCAUUGAGGUGAUCGCCCUCGUGGUGUUCGUGGGCUACUCGGUCACCUACGCGCUACACAUCGCCCACAACUACAAUCUGAUGGUGGCCUCAGACGAAGAUCUCCUGGAGGCCGAGGAGAAGGCUCGCAAGAGGCAGGCCGACCGUGAGCUGGCUAAGGCAGCAAGGAAGCGACGGGCCAGGAAGCAAGAGGAGGGCGAGGACGUUGACGGAGUGGAGCUCGCCGUCGUCACCGAUGGCGACCGGGAGGCGCGCUUGGGGUGUUGCUGA